UCGCGGAGGGAUCCCUGUGUCGGAACCAUGGUCAUAUCGUUGAGAGGCAGUGAACGGCAGAGGUCUAGAGACAGCUCAGCUACUCAUUAGGGCAGAGAUACGUUGAAGUGAGAAGACGUCUCGCUGCGAGCAUUUCUGGAGGCAAAUGUUAACUUUCGGAUAGUACCGUUUGCUAGACUAUCUAGCGUUCCGGGGGGCUAGCUUUCAGCUUUCUCACGGGUGUUCUGCGGUGGAAGAAGCAAAAAUGUCGUCUCCAAGUCCGGGUAAAAGGCGAAUGGAUACCGAUGUGGUGAAACUCAUCGAGAGCAAGCAUGAAGUCACCAUCCUCAGUGGACUCAAUGAAUUUGUAGUGAAGUUUUUUGGACCACAAGGAACACCGUAUGAGGGAGGCGUGUGGAAAGUGCGAGUAGAUCUUCCUGAUAAAUACCCAUUCAAAUCACCAUCAAUAGGAUUCAUGAACAAGAUUUUUCAUCCCAACAUUGAUGAAGCAUCAGGAACGGUGUGCUUAGAUGUCAUCAACCAGACAUGGACAGCCCUUUAUGAUUUGACCAACAUCUUUGAGUCGUUCCUGCCCCAGCUGCUGGCCUACCCAAACCCCAUCGAUCCCCUGAACGGAGAUGCAGCUGCUAUGUACCUUCAUCGGCCAGAGGAGUACAAGCAGAAAAUCAAAGAGUACAUUCAGAAAUAUGCAACAGAGGAGGCUCUGAAGGAGCAGGAAGAGGGGGCAGGCGACUCUUCAUCUGAAAGCUCCAUGUCUGACUUCUCAGAAGACGAGGCCCAGGACAUGGAGUUGUAGUAAUAGGAGGGUUCCCCCAUCCUGCCCCCCCCUAACCCCCACAGAGACUAUAUUUGAUUUCCUAACCAUGAGAAAGCAGACUUAUAAUAUUCAUAUUUAAACAAGUUGAUUUUUUAUUAUUAUUAUUAUUACUACUAAACAAGGAUUUUUAUGGAUAUAUAGCCUUUGGUGUGUUUGACCUCCCCUCCCAUUCUGUAGCUGUUUCUCCUCACACGCAUCCACGUUCUCUGCCUGUCAGUCUGCUCAUUUGUGUGGUGCGUCAUCUAAGAAGCUUCCAUGUGAACAUCUGAUUUCUCUACACAAAUCCACUUCAUAAAACUUCCCUUUUGACCUCAGCGACAUAUAAUUUCCUUUCUUUUCCCAUAAUACCAGUUGACUCUGACCAUUUUUGUUAGUUGGUCCCCAUCAGAUCAGGUUAGGUCUUACUUGCCCUCUCUGGUGUACGUCACCACAUAUUUGGGGGGGUUUGUUUUGUUUUUUAAAUGCGCACACUGACACACAAGUGUCCGAGCACAUUUUAUAUGAAGUGCAGUGCCAAUAGACGCUAACAAAUCAACCUGGAAUACCUCUUAAGCAUAUCUCUUAAAACAUAUGAACAAUAUGAAAUCGUUUUGGGGGUUUUUAUCAUUCAGUUCAGAUUCUACAUGGACUGUUACAUUACUCUUGCAUUGCUCUUUGUUACUCUGUUGACCUGCAGCUGCCUGUAUAUGUUUGCUGACCUGUUUUAGCUGCUCUCCCUUUAAGUCAGCCUCCUUAUGAUUGGCUGCCCAUGAUAAACAGCAGGCGGAGCUUCUUGUGCUUCUAGCCAGAGCCGUGUACAUCAUGCAGAGCCAAGAGUAGGAAAACAAAAACGUAUCAAAGCGAGCAUUUAGAGCAGCCUUUUCAUGUAAUGUCCUCACUAUGUGAAACUACUUGUUUAAUUUGAGAAUCCAACAUAAUGCAUUAUAAGCAACAAUACUAAAGAUCUGUUUUGUACAGUGUAUGCUAGCUGCACAAACUGCACAUGUAAGGUCAGUGCACACAGGCAGUGAAGACAGAAGGUAGCUCUAAUAUAGGUUUUCUUUUGUGGGCAUUCUGGUCAGACUCUCUUGGUAUUUUGGGAACUAAAAAUAGACCAGAGCUACACUUUAACCAUCUGACCGUGCAUGUGCAUUUUAUACUCCACAUCAGGAGUCACCUCAAACACACAAGCACCAGACUGUCAUUGUGAAGGGAGGUCUCUGUAUUACAAUCAGCUGUAUAUGUGUUUUUGAAACACAUUUCUAGUAGUGUUAUUGGUCCUAAGGAACUUUUCUGACUAUAUAAAUAUUUUUUAAAAGGAACAGCACUAAAGUCUGUUUUAAUCUCAGUAAAAAAGCAACAAAAAUGGUCAUAUGGUUACUGAGUGGAUCUGAGUGAAAUUUAAAAGUAAUUUGUCCCCCUCCCUGUUGAGGUUAGUGUUGUAUCAGUCUUCCUCACAUUCCACUGUUACUCUGGAUUUGCUCCGAUGCAUGCUCUCCAUGUUGGUCUGACUGGUACGUAACACCGGUGGUGUCGAGUGGACUGUCUGCUUACAAGGAUCUCUUUUUGGAUUACGAAAUACGAGCCCUGUACAUGAUAACUAAACUGUACAGAUCUGAGUUCCUAACUUUAAAAUCAAACAAAGGAACACACCUUGUGUUAUUCACUGUGGCGGGUGAAGAUGUCCAUCUAUGAUGCGUGGAAAGGAAUUGCAGUCACAUUUUUGAGUUUUGACACUUCUGUGUUUGU